AUUAAUUAUAUGUCAACAUAAUUAUUUCUAGCGUGCCGGUUUAAAUUAUUAAUGUUAUUUAUCGUAGCUCUUCCCUAAGAUCUGUUAAUUGUUUGUAUUGUUUUGAAGUCUAAGAUGAAAUGUAUAAUUACAGUAAUACAAGUUUUAUUAAUGUCAAGUUUGUGCAUUUGUACUUUAUCACCACCGGCUGAUAAAAAAUCUCAGAAGGGUGUAAAACCGCAAGAAGGUACUAGGAAAAAUAAUGUUUUGGAUCGAAAAUUAGUGGUGGAAACACCCUAUGUCAAAGACGUUCUUAAAUAUCAUGCAACUUAUCAUCAGGAUAUUUCGAUUCGUAACUUUAAAAACACGGUUUUGGGCUAUGUGACACCUUGGAACAACAAAGGUUACGACGUAGCAAAGACAUGGGCUCCAAAAUUCAACUAUAUAUCCCCAGUAUGGCUGCAGAUUAAGAGACAGACUCCCAAUAUUUAUAUAGUUUCUGGUUUACAUGAUGUAGAUCACGGAUGGAUGAAAACCGUCAGACAAAAAGGAAUGGAUACUAAUUUAAAAAUUCUGCCAAGGUUAUUGUUUGAAAAUUGGCAACCAUCAGAUUUGAAAGCUUUCUUCAUGGAGCCAACCUCAAUGACUGAACAAAAAGCCCUGAUUGAGGAGGUAAAGAAAGUCUGUCGACAAUGGAUGUUUGAUGGAAUAGUCUUAGAGAUAAUGUCUCAAAUUGGAAAAUAUAUUGACAAGUCAGUUAAAUUUAUUCAACAAUUUGGUUUGGAAAUGACUGAAGAUGAUUUAAGCUUAAUUUUGGUGUAUCCUCCUUUCCGAGGCUAUCCUAGUGAUGAGUUCUUCAUUCAGGCUUUUAAUGAAAUUUAUCCUUACGUCCAUGCUGUUUCGGUCAUGACAUAUGACUUUUCAAAUCCUCAAAAGCCUGGACCCAAUGCACCUUUAUAUUGGAUGAGACUUUGCAUCGAAAAAUUAAUAGACAAGGAAGAAAAUCCAUCUAAAAGGGCAAAAAUAUUGUUGGGAUUGAAUUUCUACGGCAACUCAUACACUGCUAAUGGUGGAGGACCUAUUGUUGGCACUGAAUAUAUAGAACUAUUGAAAAACGCAAAAGCUAAUCAAGUUCUUACAUACAAUAAUAAUACUGCGGAAAACUAUAUUGAAGUGAGAACAUCACAGGGUACAAAAAAGAUAUUUUUCCCCACACUUUAUUCCAUUCAGAAGAGACUGGACCUUGCUCGUGAGUAUGGCACCGGUGUUGCGAUAUGGGAGCUCGGGCAGGGCCUCGAUUACUUCUAUGACUUAUUUUAAUUGUGAUAUUAAUUUUAUAUGAUAAUAAAUAAUUUAUUACUUU